UUGUGUUUGCGAGCAGCAAUGGCGGCGUCCUCAGACAGUGUGGAAAAAAUAACCGGAGCUCUGGAGGAGAGUUUAUCCGGACUCGGCUUUGAGGUUCAUCCUCUCAAGGUUGGCUGGUAUAAUGCCGUCCUGCCCCCCUCCCUGGCUCUGUCAUAUCCAGAUGACACUUUGGCUGUUGUUGUCUUCAGCACUCCUUCCAUGUUUGAAAAAGCCUUCCUGCCCUUCCUGGAGGGACAGGCCUUUCAGGGUGUGUCUGACCCUAUCGAUCAAUGUGUUAGACAGACUGUGUCGUCUGCUGUGUUUCAGUGUUUUCCGGGGCAGCAGGUGGAGGUGAUUUAUGACUAUGAGCUGAUGCCCAGCAGGAGGCCUCGUUUUCUGGCUCAGACAGCGGCCCAUGUGUCCGGAGGAGCGUUUUACUACCAGCAGAGUGAUAUUAUAGAGCCGCCGUGGACAGACAGAAAGAUGUUCGGGGUGUGUGUCCACCCUCGGUUUGGGGGCUGGUUUGCAAUCAGAGCUCUGUUGGUAUUUGCUGAUGUGAGGGGGGGCUCCGACAUGCUGCAGCCUCUUCCUGUAGACUGUGUGCCGAGCAGGGAGGGACGGAUCAAGCUGCUGGAGGCCUUCAACCUCCACUGGCAGGACUGGAGUUACAGAGACAUCGUCCCGCCGGUUGAAACAUACUCUCAGAGACAGAGGGACUACUUUUCCUGUCCUCCCUCUGAGCGGUUUGCUCUGCUGAGGUCGUGGGGUUUCCUGCAGAGAAAAGAAGGGGCUGAUCAGACCGCUGAGACUCAGAUUACACUGAACGGACACGGCUGACAAAGAGGAAGAAGACUGAACAUGUGUGCUCUCUGCUGGAUGGACUUCAAAUGAAACUUUAUUUAAACUCUGAUGAGCUUGUGAGAGUCAGUGAACCUGCUUUUAAGGUACGAGGUGAACUUUUUCUGCUGUGUGAUCAUGGUUACACACAAACACUGAAUUCAAGUGGGUGUGUUGGAGUCUACCUGUAUCUCCUUUCUGCCUUAAAUCUCAGCUCUCUAUCUUUACAUCACGUGUCUGUACCAUAACAGCUGUAACUCUGUUUACUUUCUGAAACAGUUCUGUUGGCUUUUAAAGUGGGGGCAUAAAAGACACUAAUUAAUAAAAAAGACGGAAGAAAAAA